AUGACAAUCACGUCAGUGGAAUCAGAUGAUGUCAAUCUCACUGAAACUCAAUUGGAAGCAGUGAGGUUUGAUCAUGAUCCAAAGACUUUGUUAUCUAUUCAGGCUGGUCCUGGUAGUGGCAAAACCCUCACAUUGAUCCAUCGUAUUAAAUAUUUAAUUGACGAAAAGGGGGUUCUUCCUGAAGGUAUAAUCGUGCUUUCAAUGACCAAUAGAACAGUCAAUUCAUUACGUGCUAAUCUUUCCAGAUUAAUUGGACAAACCAGGGCAGAAAAAGUCAAGAUAAGAACAUUUCAUUCCUUUGCUGCUAAUUUGGUGGAUAGUUAUAUUGCAGAGUAUUUCCCAGGUAAAGCUAUAAAGGUGUUACUUGACGAUGUUAGCUGGAGAAGUUUUGCUGCUUUCUUCUUGAAUCCUUCACACAUGCGUGGUGAAAAGGUAAAGAAAUAUAAGGAUAAAGUGUUGAAUAUUGCCGAAUUAGAACGCUGGAUUAAUCAACUUAAAUGCGGAGAAUCAACUUUAGAACAUGUGGCUAAACAAUUAAAGGUUCCAGAAACCGAACUUAAAGAAAGUAUACAAUAUUUGGAAGAUAAUGGAAUGAUUAGAUACCUGGACUUUAUUUCUGAUGCAAUCGAACUAAUGGAGAAAUCUUUAUCAAUAGAAAAUCCAAUCGGUGAACUAGCUAAUGUUGAAGUGGUAAUAGUGGAUGAAUUUCAAGAUAUGCAACCAAAUUUGCUACAAUUGAUUCAAAAUAUUACAAGAUAUCCAUCAAAUUCGGGGGAAAACAAACAUUUAACCAUUGCAGGGGAUAUCAAUCAAUGUAUCUACGAAUUUUUGAAAUCAAGUCCUAAUAUCACCAAUGAGUUUAUUGAAAAGUUUAACUCAUGGAAAAUUGAUCAAAUUGUAUUGAAAGAAACGUUCAGGUUAAGUCCAGAAGUACUUGAGGCAGCUGUGGAUGUUGCAUUAAAACCAGCUGGUUUAGGAGAAUCUAUGCAAUUGUUUGAAUCCACCAAGGAAUCGUCUUUUAAACCAGUUUUGUACUCUUUAAGUAAUGAACUUGAAGAAUAUGAUUUCAUAGCCGAGGAGAUUUGGAGAUUAAUUUGCCAACUGGGAGGACUUUUACAAUUUUCAGAUUUUAUUAUACUCGUAAGAAGCAAUAGAGAAGUUGAUCUCAUAAGUAAGAAACUUUCUCAACAGCACGGGUUUGAUGUCAACAAAUUUACAUCUGUUCCAGAUUGGAUCCAAGGAAAUACCCACAUUUUCUUGGAUGUAUUGAAUAUGUUGAAGAAUGGAUUUGGAUCGGAUUUUGCUUUGCUUUGUAUCAUGAUGAAACUAGGAGCUAAUAAACCCUUUUUAAAGAAAUUGCUACUAAGUUAUAAUAAGUGGAAACUAGAAUUACCUGAUCGUAAAAGAAAUCUACUCGAGGAAUAUGUGUAUACUUUGCCAUCGGAAAAAGAUCCAAUAUUUAACACCGACGUCAAGAAACAUUUGAAAUUGAAAAUCCUCAAAUUUCUAACUGUUGUUAGACAAGAACGCGACAGCUCACCACUUAUCAGACCUAAACAAGUUAUUCAAUCGAUAGUAAACAUAGUCCAUGGUACCGAACUUAUGGACUAUAUUAAUAAAGUACCAGCGACAGAACAACAACGCGGGGAGAUAGUUCUAAAAAACCUUAAUUCGUUUUCUAAAUCAGUCAAGUUUGCAUAUGGACGGUACAUUAUGGCCAAACCAGAUUGUACAUUUAUUGAAUUUUUCUUGCAUACAUUUUCCGAAGAUGAACCAGUGAUUGACAAGAAAUCCAUUAAUAUUUCAACUGUGCAUAAAGCCAAGGGUUUAGAAUUUCCUGUUGUGUUUAUUCCUGGGUGCAAAUCACACUAUGCAAAGUUUCCAUCUUCACCAUGGAGAAAUAUGAAUGGUGUGCACGCGCCUUCCGCAGAAGAAGCAAGGUUAUUGUUUGUGGCCAUGACAAGAGCAAAACAUUUACUUUAUAUUGGAAGUAUAAACUCGUCGAAAUGGUCAAAGUUAUUCCAUAAAGAACCUGAAAAAAUCAAUACGGAGUAUGUUUCAGCUAUGGCCAGUUCAUUAAACCGAAAAAUGCCCAGUGCGGAUGCGAUUAUUACAGGCAAUCAAGUUUAUAAAUCGCUCGGAAUUGCACUGAGAUUUAUUAAGCGGAUCUAACAGACCGAGUCAAAAUUGGGCGUGCAACCGAUUUGAUAAUUGCGAAAAAAAUAAAAUUUUGGACUUGAGUCAGAUUUUAAUCACCGAUCAAGAUUAAUAGCAUAUCUACUGAUACAUGUGUCAGGAAACAUUGACGUAUAGUGGUAUGAAUAAAUACUUGCACGAAUUCCAAUUACAAGUGAAUACGAAGCUACUGCCGACAAAAGCUCAAACUCCCAUACUUAAUGUAUUCAAAAAGAAAAACUUUACUAAAGUUGACCCCGAUCAAUCAGAGCCAGAACCAGAAUUUGAAUUUGAUAAUCCUACAAAAUCAAAGAUAAGUUGUAUAAGAUGUCGAAAGUUUAAGAAAAGAUGUUCUCGAGACUUUCCUGAAUGCACCAAUUGCGAAUCUUCUGAUGAGUUGUGUAAAUAUAUACCCAGGAAAGUAAGAUCUCCUACUGUACUUCCCAUAGACUCAAAGACAUACACUAUGAAGAGAAAUUCACCAGAACCAACAGGUUCUCCUAGAAAGAGACACUCACUACCGAAUCUUUCCAGUGUCUCAAUUGACAAGAAAAUAAUGCCUAACGACCUUAAUGCUAUAUUAAAUUAAUUCAUACAUAUAUAAUCUAAUCAUGCCAACUUUGAUAACAAACUCAUAACAUCUUCAUUACUGAGACUAUCUCCAUUUGAACUCUUUACCGUCUCUUGUUCGUGUUUUAAUUCCAACAGAUCUUUAUGGUGAUGGAUCAUUUCUGCAAUUUCUGGACUUUCUGGUGGUUUAUUGUUAUCUGCUUCAUUUGAAUCAUCGCGAUCAUAUUCCUUAACUUCAAUGUCCUCAGAAAAUGCUACUCGUUUGGAGGACGGAGUCGAACCACCUGAAGGAGUUUGAGAAUAGCGUCUCUUGUUGCUUUCUUCUGGUUUUUCAUCAUCAUCUUCAUAUGUUGGGAGUAAAUCAUCAUCAUCAUCAUCGUCGUCAUCAGCAAUAGCUUCAAAUGUUGGUGAUUCUUCUUCAUCUUCAGAUAGCUGCUGAGGAGGUUGCUGAUUACCAUCACCCAGUUCAAGCAUGGACUUUAAUUCAUCUCUAGUAGUAUGUAAUCUGGUUAAUUUUUCAUUUAUAAUACCGAUCUUACUAUCUUCAGUUUUUAUACCUUCCAGUAAUAACCUAGAUAAGUUAUCUAAAUGUGUCUUUAUUUUAAGUUUGGUAUUUUUAAUUUCUGUAAUAUUGUUAAUUGAAACUUUACUUAAUUCUUCCAACAUAUUUAAUUUUGAAAUAUAUUGACGUGGUGCCGGCAAGUUUUCUGAUAAUGUAGGAUCAUGAGGCAAGUAAGUCUUUGAUUGUAUACCAAAUUGAGUUAAAUUGGCCUGAGAUAAGUCUGUUAACUGGUUCAAAUGAAUGUAUAAAUCGUUAAUAUGUUUUAAAUCGGGCACAAUCAGAUCACCUUGAACAGAAUUGGUCAAUUUCGAUUCUGUAGGUUGUUCUUGAAUAGUCAAUGAACCUUUUAUUCUUGCAAUAUCACUACUGUCAAAUAUUUGUCGUUGUUCCCAAACACUAAUAAGUCGGUCAAUUUUUGCCUUUAUACUCGAGUCGACAGUGGGGUAUAUCUUUUGUAAUACUCCUGGUAAUACCUUGGCAAACUCGGUUAUAAAUUCUUGUUUUCUCUUUCUUCUAGCUUGCUGAACAAUAUCAUUACAAACGUAAAGCAAUGAUAACUUUUUGUUUGAUGGAUGGGACUUGCUUAUGGUAUAGUCUGCCCAUGUCCUUGCACUGUCCUUGCAAUGCUUUUGAUAGAACAAUACCCAUUGGGAAAUGGAUACAAUUGAUUCUUGAGUUUCUUGUAAUAUAUCCAACUUUUUGCAGAAACUAGAUGAAGAGAAUGACAUGGUUCUGGUACUGUGUUGGAUUGACUGUUGUUCCACCGCUAGUUAUU